AUGGCCUCCACCUCUCCCGUACCGUCUAAAGCGGCGCUCAAUGCCCUUCGCGGCGUCCUCUUGACGACUUCAUGUUCCGUCGUCUUCCUCGCCGAAGAGCGUCGCCGCCGACUCAAAAUUGCUCGCGCUGCCAUUGAUAAUGCGCGCAAGCUGCAUACCGUCAAAAGCAGCCGGGGCGCUGUUGCGCUGAGCGAAAGCUGGGAGGAUAGGCUGGCGGAUCUCGGGGAUGAGGUUUUAUCGCUGCCGUCUGCUUCCCGCCCCAAGAAUUCCUAUCGAAGACGACGCCGGAGCAACUCUUCUAAUACUCUGCUGAACGGCGGAGGUGUCGAUACCAACAGAUUUUCAUCCGAUCAUCGUGAAAAUGCCAGCGGGAUCACGGUUCCCGAUACGGCCAGGCUUAUUCUCCCAUUGGCUGAUAUCCGGCAGUUGGAUGUGUCGUUCAAAUCUUUAGCAGCUUCCGCAAUACCAGCUCUUCCGCUAAGUUCUAGGGAGGAGGACUUGCGCAAAAUUGAGAAGGAUGCGGAUACGAGGGUGAAGGUGUCUCUGCAUAGAACUGCACUACGCUCUCCAGACUCGAGGAUUGGCUCGGCAUCUUUUCACGAGCUUCUACGGCCUGAUUCCUCUGUUCCGGCCCGCUUAUCUUUGUCAAACAUGCCGACCCAGGAAAACAGCACUCAAUCGCGUCAUAUUGGCAAAAUUGCAGAGCUCGAGCAAGCUCUACAGGAUUUAGAGAUGGGCCAGUCAGCACAUACUUCGACGUCUGAAAUGGUAGAUUCUGCCCUUAUCCAGCUACAAAGUUUAUCAGCAUCACGGCCUACAACCCCUGCCCUAAGCAGUCUGGUCAAAUCAGACGGAUUGCGGCUGCUGAAAAUUACGAUUGAAUCCGAACCUACUAAAACAGACACCGUUCUUGCAGUCCUCCUCCAAAAGUUCAAAGACCCUAUUCAGGUCUUGUCACCUCUGACAAAGUGGCUAUGGGAGAAGAAGGACAAGAAAGGCAUAGAGCGACUUCUUCAAUUCCUCUCCGACCGCAAACAAGCACGGUUCUGGAUGCAUGGCAUGACGCUCUAUCGGGUACUUUCUGGUCUCGAUGAGGUCAUGGGGAGCUUCAAAGAUAUCAAACAUCUGUAUCGACUUCUACAAAGUGCCGGACUAUACCAGGGAAUUGUUGUGCCUUCCAAUAUCGAAUACAAAAUACGUCGCCUUAUGGUAUCCAAGGCUCUGAAAGCAGGAGACGAUGCCUUUGCUCAGGAGGAGAUGAAGAGCCUUUACGAAAUGGAUCCAGAUGCAGUCAAAUCCGAUAUAAAGCUUCAGAGCAGGCUAAUUGUGCGGGAAGCUGCUCUUGGCCACUGGGAAUCAGUCCGUAACGGCAUAGAAGCGCUUGAGAGUGCUGACGAUACCAAGUCAAACGACUUACGAUACAUGAUUAGCAAACUUACAGAUGUAUUUGUGCAGACUUGCUCCUCAGAAGGGCUUGAGGCUCUACUUAGGAGAUUUGUGCGCAGCUACAGAAUACCGCUCAGGUCUAGAUGGGUCAACCUCGUUUUGGACCGGCAUGCAGGCCGACAUGAUCUCGAGUCGAUGUUUUCAUGGCUGCAGUUCUGCCAUGAUGCCGGAUUUAAGAUGGAUGACACUUUUAUGCAGCGAUUCUAUUCCGGAUGCCGCAAAUACUGGAGCUUCUCAGACAAAACUAUAACAGAUCUCCAUCAAAAUCUCCAGGAGUUGUCACCGGCUAUCUCGAAAUUGUCACCCAGUAAAACUGAUAGAAAGGAGUCGACUGACGUACCGCCUCCUUUACUUGAGUCUCGUCGCUGGCUGUCUGAGGCUGAUGCUUUUGAAUGCAUGGAAUGGCUCUCUGCUCGGAAUGAAUGGGAGAGCGUCUGUGAGGCAUAUAGCCGACUACGAUCGAGCGAAUUGAAACCUUCAGUCCGCUGUCUUCGUCUAGCAGUCCUAGGGUACAUCAGGAGGCAAGAUUCAAGUAUUGAUGAAGCAGCAUCGCUUAUUGACGAAGCUCGCGUGAAAGGCCUCGAUGUGACGGAAGCCCUGACCCCUCUUUUACUAGCAAAGCUUGAGAAAGGGGAUGACGCCGGCGAUUUGAUCAAGCAGGCUCUGCGUCGAGGUGCUCGCGUCCACGACAGUGUGUACAACAAGGCUGCACAAAUACUCUCGGCUAAUGGUGAUUUGCGAGGAGCUGCCGCCAUGUGUGAGGUAGCUGCCAGAGAAAAUGGUAAUGGAGAGCUAUUGUACAGCGAGUACAACUUUUCCAACCUGGUUUUUGCAUAUACCGGCUCCGCCAGCUACAGUGCCUUGAAGUCUAUCCUGUCCAACUUUACAUCGGAAGUCCAGUGGUGGCGCGGCAGCCGGGCCUGCAAAGAGAGCAUCAAGCUGGCCAUGAAGACGACGGCGAUGCGGGCUGUGGUACAUCCCAAAGAGAAGAAUGAUCACAAGGACGCUCUCUUCAAGCUCGAUGAAGCCCUCAUUCAUGUCAAGAAGUGCCGCUCAACCAGAGAUGAUCGAAGGGCGGUGACGGAAGCAUUCAUACGGGUGAUUAGACCUUUGGCAGCCGAACCUGAGCAGGAUCCCGCAGAUGCGCGGAAGCCCAACCUAGCUACGGCGGAGAUAUCACUGCCAGAAAUGUCGGAAACAAAGACUUUCCAGAGAUCGGUUCUGGUGGCUCGUCAAGGACUGGCAGUUGCCGGGGAAGCAUGA